ACAGGCGAGACAGAUCGAUCGAGCUUACGUCAUGCAAAUUUUGGAUCGUCUGCAUGCGCUUGUACAAGCGCCCAUAACCUCGACUGAGCCUGCUACUGACAGUACACUACUAUCCCUGCUCGCUGCUCUACUCAGCCGGAGCCUACUGCUUGUCUACGUAUUCCUUUACUGGCAGAUAUGGUCUCUUCGAAACGCAAACGCUCGUUUAACGCGGUCGAAGAAGCCGCGUCCUCAGCAGACGAGUUCGAGCAGUAUUCCGAGGACGAAGUAGACAUCUCGUCUGCACUUGUCGGCCGGAAGCCCGCGAAGGCCCAACGGCUGGAGCGUAACUCUCAGGCUUUGCAGGAUGACGAAGAUGACGAGGAACUGCAGGAACUCAUACGCGAGUCCAUCAGCAAGCGUGAUAUAAAAGGAGGGACAGACAUCCUGAAGAAGACGAAGGGGAAGGGGAAGAUGACCAAGGGUGAGGUUGGUGGGGGUAGUUUCCAGAGCAUGGGAUUGUACCCUUGGUUGCUGCGCUCCUUGACGUUGCAGGGCUUCCGGAUACCUACACCAAUCCAGCGCCUGUCUAUUCCAGCUUUGCUGGCCAAUCCUCCCAGGGACCUCGUUGGAAUGGCGCGAACAGGUUCCGGCAAGUCGCUCGCGUACAUGACCCCACUCAUACAGCGACUCGGCGGCCGUCACUCUUCGACGUUCGGGGCCCGUGCCCUUAUUCUAUUGCCAUCCCGAGAGCUGGCGCUUCAGAUUCUCAAAGUAGGCAAGGAACUUGCCAGAGGCUGGCAUGCCGGCGAUGGUGGUCACGCAGGUGACUCAAAGACCGACGAUGAGGGAAAGAAAGGACAAAGCCUCCGAUGGAGUCUCAUUGUGGGAGGCGAGGGCUUGGACGAGCAGUUUGAAAUGAUCACGGCAAACCCUGACAUCAUCAUUGCGACCCCAGGUCGUCUGCUGCAUCUUAUAGUCGAGAUGAACCUAGACCUCAAAUCGGUGCAAUAUGUCGUCUUCGACGAAGCCGAUAGACUUUUCGAGAUGGGCUUCGAGACCGCGCUAACCGAGAUUCUCCAUCGCCUCCCUCCAUCCCGACAAACGCUUCUCUUUUCUGCUACGCUUCCCAAGAGUCUGGUCGAGUUCGCCAAAGCCGGCCUCCAGAACCCGAAGCUCGUGCGACUAGACGCGGAGUCCAAGAUUAGCCCUGACCUUAAAAUGGCAUUCUUCUCCGUCAAGCAAGCGGAGAAGGAUGCAUGUCUAUUGGUCCUGCUUCGUGAUGUGAUCGGCGUACCUCUGGGCUCGUCGAGCUCGCAGACAGACGAUGCGGAUCAGGCCGCAGACAAGAAGGGCAAAGGGAAGGCGAAGGCAAAACACCACGAGCACGUCACGGCGCCUCACCAGACCCUGGUGUUUGCUGCGACGAAGCAUCACGUCGAAUAUCUCACCAAUCUGCUCACCAGCGCCGGUUACGCAGUCUCGCACAUCUAUGGUACCCUCGACCAAACCGCCCGUUCGCAGCAAAUGGAGCAAUUCCGCCGUGGAUAUACCAAUAUCCUCGUUGUUACGGACGUUGCCGCUCGUGGUAUCGAUAUCCCAGUACUCGAGAACGUGGUGAACUACGACUUUCCGCAGGGCGCCCGAGUCUUCGUUCACCGUGUCGGACGUACCGCACGCGCGGGGCGCAAAGGCUGGGCAUGGUCAUUCAUCACAAACGCUGAGCUUCCCUACCUUCUCGACCUCCAGCUAUUCCUGGGUCGUCCCAUCAAGUGCGAGGUCACGGAUGCGGGAGACCAGGUGUUCACCGAGUCCCUGAUUCUCGGCCCCUUCGAACGUGACGCAUUGGAUCAAGAAGUCGACUAUGUCAAGAAACUCGAUCAGGAGAACCACAACCUCACUACAAUGCGCGACGUCAUGCGGAAGGGGCACGGCAUGUAUGAGCGCAGUAAGGGCAAGGCCAGCCAGGCGAGCUACAAGCGCGCUAAAGAAAUGACGAAGGAGGGCAAAUGGGGCUUCGCCACCACCGAUGCGGGCAUCCAUCCCAUCUUGCUCCGAAACAAAACAGGCGGGAGCGUGUCUUCGAGACUUGCGGAGGAGGCGAAGAGAGCGGCGCUUCUCAAGGCCGUCAACUCAUUUCGGCCGGCUGAGACGGUAUUGGAGAUCGGCGCGAGGGGCAAUACGGAGACGGCAGCUUUGAUGAAGCAGAGACGGAAAGCGCUCAGCAAGGCUGCUCAGCGGGCAUCGCUGGCAUCCACCUCGACCGCGGUGAUGGCCCCGGAGGAAGAUGCUGAUGAGGAUGACGGAGAUGCGUCUGAGACAGGUGCGGACGGUGUGGAGAUGGCAGACGAGGAAGAAAUCGCGGCCGUCUUCGACGCUUACCACAAGAAAGGCCAUGGCAAGAAUGACUUCCGCGAUUCGGACUUCUUCAUGUCUCAUUACCAGAAAGAUGCCCACACGGAGAAGGGAUAUUCGCUUCGCGACGGAGCUACAUUCGCGGAACAAGCACAGAAUGUCGCUUUUGACCUCGCCGGCGAUGAGGGCGCGCAAGACCGCAAGCGCCGCGAGAUGCACUGGGACAAGAAGAAGAAGCGGUUCAUCAAGGGCGGCGGAGAGGGCGCCGACAACGUCAAGCUCGUCCGCACGGAGAGCGGUAUGAAGCUUCCUGCUUCUUACCGCAGCGGCCGGUUCGACGAGUGGAAAGCGAAGAGUCGUGUCCACCUACCAAGAGUCGGCGAGGCUGAGGUGGAGGGUCCUCGUAGAGGUCAUCAGUCUGCGGGAGGCAGGAAGUUCAAGCAUCACCAGGUCGCCACGCCCAAGCCUCUGGACAAGCUCAACACAGACUAUGAGCGCAAAGUCAGGCAGAAGAAGAAACAUGAGCAGAACGGUGGAGCUGACAAUGAGAGUGGCCCUUCUUCGAGGCCACUCCCUGGUAAGAAAGGGAAGGCGCUUGGCCGGCGGAACGGAGGCAAAACCGUCGGCAAGGUCAGAAAUGAGCUAAAGACGGUCGAUCAGAUCCGGAAAAGCCGACAGCUUAUGGAGAAGAGGAAAGCUCAAAAUGCCCGUCCGAGUAGGAAGAAGGGCAGACGAUGAGGAUGUUUGUGUAGUAAUGCGUGGAUACCAAUCGACUGUUCUCUAUCUACUGCUUCAAGCUGCAUCAGAAUACUCCCAUUUCGUUGCGUCGCCUGCUAUGAUCUUUGUGUGUGGCCUAUCUUCAAGCAAGUCGACACCGACACUGCGUAAGGCGUUGAC